GCAUGCGCACAUGUCACUUGUUCAGACGUCAACUGCUGCACCACCAGAGAGACGACGGACAAACACUUAGGGAGAGCUCGAUAGCGUAGGGAAGUAAUAAUCCUUUGACCAAAAGUUUCUCCAGCUUGAAUAAAGUAAUGAGUUAGUCAGUCGGACAGCUAAUUAUAGUACCUAGAUUACAAUACACUGGCAUUGCCACUGUGAACAUGGACCAGGAGUUUGAAGCCAUAGAUUCAGAGGGCCGGUGGCAAAAGCUUUACCUAGAAAUAAGGAAUCAAUCCCACGAGUGCUCCUACAAAGUGGCAAAGUAUCCAGAGAAUCGCAACCGAAACAGAUACAGAGAUGUCAGUCCAUUUGAUCACAGUCGGGUGAAGCUGGAGAACGCAGAAAACGACUACAUCAAUGCAAGUCUGGUAGUCAUGGAGGAGGCCCAGAGAAGUUACAUAUUGACUCAGGGCCCCCUCAAGAACACCUGUGGCCACUUUUGGCUCAUGAUCUGGGAGCAGAAGACCAAGGCGGUCAUAAUGCUUAACAGGGUCAUAGAGAAAGGCUCAGAAAAGUGUGCCCAGUACUGGCCUACAGCUGAGGAGAGGGAGAUGACCUUCAGAGACACACGUUUUUUGGUCACGCUGCUGUCAGAAGACACCAAGUCUUACUACACCACCAGAGUUUUGGAGCUGCAGAAUCUUAGUACAGGAGAGAAGAGAGCGAUCUGCCACUUUCAUUACACCACUUGGCCUGAUUUUGGUGUCCCAGAGUCCCCGGCAUCCUUCCUAAACUUCCUCUUCAAAGUGCGGGAGUCGGGAGCGUUGGGGGUAGAACACGGGCCGGCUGUGGUGCACUGCAGCGCUGGAAUCGGACGCUCAGGGACGUUUUCAUUAGUUGAUACGUGUGUGGUCCUGAUGGCCAAGAGAAAAGACCCUUCGUCAGUGGACAUCAAAAGCAUCUUGUUGGACAUGAGGAAGUAUCGCAUGGGCCUGAUCCAGACCCCUGACCAGCUGCGCUUCUCCUUCAUGGCUGUCCUCGAAGGAUCCAAGUGCAUCAUGGGAGACUCUUCUGUACAGAACCGGUGGCGGGAGUUGUCCAGGGAAGAUCAGGAGCCAACAUCAGAGUCUCCCCCCUCAUCUCAGCCCCAGGCCAGGUGUCCAACAGAACGAUUCAAUGGCGGCCAACGGGGAGGUCAACUGGAGGAGGGAGGAGACUAUAGACUGGAAGACAAAGUACCAGCACAGUCUCCUUGCAAGGAACAGGAGCAGGACGGCAGCACGACACACAAACGACGCAGAGAAGACAGCAUUUCCAAAUCAGGCACAGCCAAGAUACCCCAAAGCAAGCCUAGGACAAACGACUCAGAGAAGAAGAGAAAAAGGGCAAAAACCAGCGACUGCUAACCACCUUGACCUGCAGCCAUGCAACUACAGCUCUGGCAGAAAAGCCAACAUCGGCAGGGACCUCAAGAUUUUUCCCAACCUCGGUGUCCUUCUUCCUUGACUCCAGACCACUCUUCCUCACCUCCACCUCCAACAGCCAGCUCUCCUGUCUGUCGCUUUCUGUUGUCCUUGCCCUGAAACAUUACUCGGCCACCGCACAUCUCCCUCUUCUUCCUCCAUUAGCAGCAUGUCACUCCUCCUCCACCUCACAGCUUUUCCAUGUCACCUAAAGCUCUCUAAACCGUUUACAGCAGACACUUCGACAUUCUUUGAAGACCGCACAUUAGAAAAGCCGAACACACCAGCGCUUUCUCCCCUGGUCACACCUCAACCACAGCCUGCGCUGCUUCUGGAGUCAGAAUUCUUUUUUUGUUGCUUUAAUAUUAUUAUUUGCAGCUUUGUCAUUAUAUUAUGCUCUUUUGCAUUUAUGAAAUGAAGACUGAUACUAGGGGCUAUGCAUUGCCAAAUUGUAAUGCUGUUCAUAUGUGUAUUUUUAGAAAACCUUUUUUCAGAGGCAAAAAUAAAUGUUCUAUUUUUUAUAAGAGAUUACUUGAAGUUUUUCACAGUAAUGGGGGUCAGUUAAAUGAAAAGCACUGCCUCCCCCACAUGAGAAUUUCAGUGGCAUGUAAUGUAUCCAUGAUGUACAUAGUGUUCUUUUUAAAAAGAUGUGUGUAAAGACAUAUUUUUGCUUGUAAAAAAAGAAAAAAAGAUAAACGACAAUGUUACAGAUUUGAAUACAGUAGAAACAUAAUUUGAUGACUUGUUCUCCUUUUGAAAUGAAAAUGUCUUAAGUUUCUCUUUCUCCUAGAUUGUAAUCUACAAAUAAAACUGGUAUUAUCUAGUUUAC